AUGUCUUUGUGGAGCACCUAUCGAUCCCUCACCCCCAAAACCCGGGCCCUGUUCGGCGUCGGCGUGAUGGCCUGGGCCACGAUCGGGCUGUGGACCACGCCGCAGGUUGAGAGUGCGCUGGGUAUGCAGGCCUCCAAAGACGAACAGGAGACGCUGGAUCGACAGCUCGCGCUGCGGAUCUCGCCGGUUGGAGGGGAGGAGAAAACCGCCUGA